GGCAACCCUGAACUCUAGUCUCAGAAGCAACCGAUUUCUCCCAGGAUCAAGACAUCCCCAGGAUUUCGGAUCUUUCGACUCCUUCCAGAAGAGCAGUGUCACAAAAAUCCGAGCGGGUACUGUAAACGCGGACCUCUCGUCCUGACCACGCAAGGGUCACUCCAAAGAGAAGAAUUCAAGUUUUCAUAAAAUAAGGGCAACAGGACCCGAGUCUCAUGUGAAACAAACGGAUAUUCUGAUUUAAAAGUCUUCAUUCGCAACAUUUGUGCGGAUGCAUCGUCCUCCUCUGUAAUCAUGUCGUCGAAGCGCCUGUGCAGCAUCCAUAAGAUCCGCGAGCUCCAGUUGCCGCUGAUCGAGAUCCAGGAUCAGUACGAGGUGAUCAAGGAGAUUGGCUCAGGGGACUAUGGCAAAGUGAUGCUGGCCGUGCACCGGGAUACUGAAUCCCAGGUGGCACUCAAGGCCGUCCCCAAGAUCACAACUCCACUCAAGGACUUUCUCAUCGAGUUCCACUACAGCUACUUCCUCUCGCCCCACAACAACAUACUCGACACUUAUGACGUCGCCUUCGAGACCAUAGAACAUUAUGUCUUCGCCCAAGAGGUGGCUCCUUAUGGUGAUGUGUGGCAAGCGAUUGAACGCACUGGCGGACUGGAUGAGUCAGACCUGAAGACAGUGGUGCGCCAGAUCACAUCCGCCCUCGAAUUCAUGCACAGCAAGGGCUUGGUUCACCGGGACAUGCGAGCGGAGAAUAUGCUCAUUUUCAGCGAAGAUUUUUCACGAAUCAAGCUAACAGAUUUUGGACUGACGCGUAGAACGGAUACGCUGGUCAAGAAGAGGACGAGGUCGCUGCCUACCUGCCCACCUGAAAUAUGGGAGGCCGUGCACCUAGAAGGGUACACGGUGGAGAUUGGCUCAGACGUGUGGCAGAUGGGCAUGUUCCUCUUCGCCGGCUUGCUCGCUCGCUUUCCUUGGGAGAAAGCGGACAUCACGGAUCCUCGUUUCUCAGAAUUCGUCCAGUGGCAGAAACGGAAGAUCACGCGAACACCCAAGGACUUCCGCAGGUUCACACCUCGUCUCCACAGGCUCAUCCGCCGCCUCAUGGAUCCGAAACCCUCCAAGCGCUAUGAGAUCAAGGAGGUGUACAAGUACCUCAACGACAAGUGGUUGAUUUGUCGAAGUCCGCGGGCGACGACGACGGUCUCGAAAUCCGAAGCGGCUGACGCAGCGCAGCACGCCGAGAAUCUCGGACAGAUGCUAACCACUCUAACCGUCACUCGGACCACAGAGCGUCGGGUCAGCGAAUGGGUCCAGUCCAACUUCGACUCUGACAGUGAUACAUAGACUGCUCGCAUACGGGUUACCAGUAGGCGUAGAGAUAUCAGGACAAGGAUCAGCGUCCAGUGUUAAAAGUUGGAUUAUAGUAAAGCCGAAAAAUUUUCAAAGAACCUGUAAAGAAAUAAAUAGUUUCAUUUUGGAAAUUUAAAAUUGAAGCAAGAAUUCUGUAUAAUAAUGAGUUUUUAAAAAAAAAUAAUCAGCUUUGGACGAAUUCACUAACCAAAGAGAAUAAUCAAGUGGUUUCCUAAACUUAAACAAAAAAGGCUUGUAGAUAUGAGUUUUAAAAAAAAUGCAUGAUUGCAAGGACUUGAAAAAUGGAAAGCAAAUUUUUAUGAAAUUUUCUGCACUUGACUUUUGAAAAUAGAUGGACAAUUUCUAUAUCUCUUUUUUUCAUAAUGAUACUUCCUCUAUUCUUUUAUGGUAUAAGGCGUCAUUGAAAAGAAAUAUUUGUGUAGUGUUUCACUGACAGAAACAAAGGAAGUGAACUGAAGAAAAGAACAUGUGGCUUGUAAUCUUUCUCUCUUUUUGCAUCUUUGAACAAUGUCCACUCUUACAUGAAAUAGAAAUCAAGUCAAUCUCUAAAAUGUUUAAUGCUUGAUAUUUUUAUGAUAACAAUAAUCCUCUGGCGCUAAAGAAGUUUCUUCUAAAGAACAUCAAAUGGUCAAGAGCCAAAUUUGUAUAAUAAUCCUUAUUGAAUCGUCUUGUCUUUGAUAAUGGAUUGUAGAAGAUUUUGAAUUUAUUUUGCCUGUUCUUCCUCAUAUUUAAAAAAAAUAUUAUUUAAAUUAUCAAUAUACCCAUUGUUGAUUAUUUAUAAUGAGACAGAUGUUCUAAAACGUUCUUUUGGGGAUCGUCAGAGAUAUUAAAACAAUACCUUUUUUCUGUGGCUUUCAGACAGGUACUGACCAAUAAAUUAAAAACCUUAGUUCAACAUUUUAAUGAUUUUUUUACACUGAAUCACAGCAUUAGACAUGACAUUAGACAUGAAUGGCUCACCAUAAGAGAGUGAGGCACCUUUAAGUGCAGAAAAUACCUUGAUUUCAGCAAAGCUUAAAUACCUCUGAGCAGAAUAGUAGCGAAAAUUAUAGUCGGAUGCGUCUUUCCAACAUUUCUCAACGUACUGUUUUGAUCCGGACUUUACGAAUGGCAUGGACAAAUGCAAUACUCAAGAACUAGUUGUGAUUAUAUGCAACUCGUAUAUUCCAAGUGAAUUUAUAUACUUUUUGCCAAUUAGUUACAUUUGCGUGAUAGUUUGUAGGUUCUUAAUUCAUUGGUAGUACCUGUAUCUUUCUAGCAAAUUGCUUCAAACUGUUUGUACCUUUAUCAUCUUUAUGUGGCAUUAUUGAAUUUAAAAAUUUAUAUAUCGACAGAAGGUUUCCAAUUUGAGUUCUAACUAUCAACUUUAAAAUAAAUUUCCUUACAUGACCUUCAUUAUUUUCCAGAAACGUUCAGUGUAUUAUUUAUUUUAUAUUCAAGUUGUGGAAUUAAAAAAAAUAUGUAUAAAAUAAGAGUUUCGACUUUAGUUAGCAGUAUCAACACGGCAGUCCAACUUUUACAUUUUUUCUCUGUGUUCUAGAAGAAUUCCACAGAAACAUGGCGCCUUUUCGAUGAUUGUUCGUCGGAAUCUAUAAUAUGCGAAUUUCAAUCAAUCAAUCAAAAACUUCGUUAUUUUCUAGGACUUCACGAAUUUAUUUUAGUGAGAAUGGAAUAGUUGUUAUUUUUCUUAUAAGAAUACGAUUUUAACAUCUAGUUGGGUGAAAAAACUUUUUAAAGAGCUUCCGGUGUUUGUCAUAUAUUGCUGUCUGGAACGAACGAUAUCUAAUAUGAAAUCUGUGGAAUAUGUUCUCGUCUGAAAAAAAAACUCAUUUUUCAGGAACUGCGACUGUGCAAUACAUAUUGUGCCGAGAAGCCUUGAACUAAUGUGGAUAUGCGUGUUUUCAACUUAAUGAAAUAUUAGUGCAAGUAUUUGUCUCUCACAUGAAGCUUUCAGAAAUUAUUUUGGUUUUCGCAGAUGGUAUGUGUGCACAAUUGAAAAUUUUUUAAUUAAACAUAAUGUAAUAAUGAUGAGGACAAUUUGUUAUUCAGAAUUUUUUCAAAAAUCGUGUUUUUUAUUGUAACGUAAUUAGAAAUCUUAUUUCUAACAAUUUAAGUUGUUUUUUGUCUUUGUUUUUUAGUGUCAACUUACCUCCUUGAAACUAUAUUGACAAACAGUAUACUUUAUUAUUCUUUGUAUUUAAUGGCUGAUUAAAAACGGGCCAUUAAAACGUUUUUACGUAUUCUUAAUUUGUUUGAAUAUAUCUGCAUCGAAUGAGUGAUAAGUCGGGAUAGAAUCUGAAAGAUAGAUGCCAAUUUAAUUAAACUAAAUUCACCAUUAAACACUUGUAAAUACCAUUUAAGUAGAGUUAUCUGGAAAAUUUCGCCAAUUUUUUUAUUUCCAAUUUGUAAAAUCCUUCUCUAACAAAAAAAAACUUUUUGCAUUCACCCUUUAUUCUCAAGCUCCUGUUAUAUUAAUGAAGUGGGAAAAGCGAGAUUUUGAAAUUUUCUGGUAGUAAUUUCUAAAACUAUUAUCGCACAAAAAUGUCUUGAAUCGAUUUAAAAGUUAUGAAUUAUUUUUAAUGUAACCAAGCUAAUUUUUCCACAUUUUUUUCUUAAUUUUUUUGCAUAAUUUGCAGUAACUUCCAAUGUUAAAAGACAAUGAAUGUACAUACUGUUUAUAUUUCCUCAUUCUUUAAUAAUAUAUUCCCGAAAUUUUGUUAUUUAAAUUUAUUAUAUUCUAUUUUUGUGGAAUUAAACCAAUUCCUGUAAAAUAUUAGGGAAUUAAUGCUGUGUGAUUGUACUUGCUAUUUUUUUUAAAUUUUGGACAUUUUUCAAUCUAGUUAACACUGUAUCGGGCGUGUGCAUAUAAUAUAAAUUAAAUGUGCCCCACCCAUUUUAAGAAAGUGCAUUUACAUCACCGUGUAAGACAAUAUUCUCAUUAAAUAUUAGAUCCUAGUUUUAAUUUUAGAUACUCGAUUUCAAAGUUUUGUAUAAAGAAUUUGAUUUUUAGUUUAGUUGUAGGUUUUAAGCAAGUUCGUACUUACAUAGAGUAGAUCUCUAAGAGCAUUACUUUCAUAAUUCUACUCAAAUUUCUAUCCCAGUUUGGAGUUCAAAAACACUUCAUUCGAAGAACCAUGGAUAUCAAGUUAUACAUAAGAGAUUUAAUUGAAAUCACAUACAAACAAUAUUCCAAGAGCUAAAUUCAAUUAUUCAGCUUGUCGCUAAAAACGGCUAUUAGUUAAUAUAACAUUUAUACCUCAAAUUUGGCAAAUUGUCAAUAAACUGAUCAAUUAAUUUUAAAUUUAUAUGAUUUUUUAAUCAUUCCCUUCAAAGAAUUUAAGACAUACACAUGACGUACAAAAUUUUCUGCAUCCACGUGAUUUUGGAAGCCCUGUCGAUGAGCACACGCACCAUCUGAAGAAACUCUACUUCUGAGAGCGAUUAUGUCUGGUAUAUACCUCUACUGAAAUGCUACUUCUCCUGAGAAAAAUUAUGUCUGAAAUGUAUUCCUCUGCAAAAACGCUGCUUCCACUGAGAACGAUUAUGUCUGAAGUGAACCCCACUGCAGGAACGCUACUUUUUCUGAGAGUAAUUAUGUCUGAUGUGUAUUCCUUUACAAAAACGCUGCUUCUACUGAGAGCGAUUAUGUCUGAAGUGUAUACAGUACAAAAUGUGUUGAAUAAAGAACUGCUUUUGAAAUUUU